GGUUUUCUUCCGACUAACGUAAGCUUUACGGAUGUCAAUUGCUCGUUCGUAUCUACUACUACUCAUGACGACGGGCGAACGUUAGUCCGUAUCGUUGCUUGCCAAUCUCUCCCACUCCGAAUCCGAACCCGAAUACGGGAUGUGAUAAAGGCGAGACACUUCCUCUGCCUGAAUCUACGCAAUCCUCCACCUCUACGAGACUGGGCAAGUAGCCAACGCAGCACGGGAAGGGUGCCACGAAAGAUUGAGUGGUAGACAACCUGCAUAAUGUCGUGGGUUGCAGAAAUCAUCCUCUCGGUCCACAACUGGUGGAACGACGUCCCCGCCAUCCGCAGCACUAUUCAAUCCGAGAAGCUCUCAUCCCUGGAAUCCACAGCCUCAACCUCUCAAUCCCAUCGCAUCGGUGUCCUCGGCGCCGCCGCAAUCAACAUAGUAGCCAUCCUCGAUCCUGUUUCAACACAAUCUUCAACUAUCAUCACCGGCAUCGCUGCUCGAGACCGCAAACGAGCUCAAGCUCAAAUCGACACAUACAAGUCAUACCUCCCAGGCAACUGCAAAGCAUACGACUCAUACGACGCACUCCUCUCCGACCCUGACAUCGAUGCUGUCUACAUCCCCCUGCCCAACGGCCUUCAUCACCAAUGGGCGCUCUCCGCCCUCGAAAAGGGCAAACACGUCCUAGUCGAAAAGCCACUGGCCUCCAACGCCCAACAGGCACGGGAUAUCCGCGACAUUGCCUCCCGUACAGGCAAAACCGCCCUCGAGGCAUUCCACUGGCGCUUUCACCCAAUGGUCCACACCGUCAAAUCGAUCCUUCAAAGCGGGAAAUAUGGCGCCAUCCGCUCCGUCGACGCACGGUUUUUCGUCCCCGCAGGUGUCCUCAAGAAAGACGACAUCCGCUUCCAAUACAGUCUGGCUGGCGGCAGCUCCAUGGACUUGACGUAUGUCUUCUCCGCGGCCUCGUUCUUCGCCGUCCGCGACUUCACCGACCCGAACGUCGAAUUCACAGUGGAUUCCGCAGUGCCCCGCCUCAACGCCAAAGACAGACUCGUUGACGAGGCCAUGCAGGCGACCAUCACCUUUAAAGAAUCCGGCCGCGAUGUCAAAGCGACGGUGCAUGCGGACCUCGCCCAGCCACGCCUCUUCGGUCUCAUCCCAAGACUAUGGACACUGACUCCCAAUGUCACGAUCCAGACCGACUCCGCCGAGAUAUUGUUCACUAACUUUGUUGGGCCAUGGGUAGGCGGCAGUAUUACGAUCACGCCUCUUACACGAGACGCCAGCACCGGCCAGAUCACAAAACGCGGUAAGGCUACGACCCAAAAGGUCUUCACGGGUGGAGACCAGUGGGAUAGAGAGGAAAAUGGUGGUAACGCGCAGCCGUGGUGGACGACGUACCGAUAUCAACUUGAGGCUUUUGUCCGACAGAUCAAAGGCGGAUACGAAGGACCGUGGGUGAGUCUGGACGAGAGCGUGAAGGUCAUGGAGAUCAUCGAUGCAGUGUAUGAGAAGGCCGGGUUACCCAUUCGUGGACGGUAAAUAGCAUGUG